GCACAGGACAAAGUUUAGAGCAGCGAUAUGCAGAGGAGCUCACAGUGCACUUUCACACCGGGUUUGUUUGCGUCUGCUUGAGUGCCAUUCAUUGUGUGUGAAGGUGAGAUAGGCUGCACCGAGGGGAACAUAAGGAGACGACGGAGGCGCUUCAGCCAGGGAACGAAGUGCCGUGAGAAGGAAACCGUCUCUCUUCCUCUCACUCACCACCACACCCGGAUCACAUCCUACAGCCUCCCUGCUCCCCUGCUAUAGCAUGGCCAGUUCGAGUAAAGCGACUUUAAUCUUGCUCGUCUACGGAAUCUUAAUGCACUACAGCGUCUUCUGCACACCUAUCGGACUAAGUUACCCUAAGAUUAGACUUGAAAACGACGCCUUCGAUGAGGAUGGGAAUUCAUUAUCCGACAUGGGCUUUGAUGGCGAUCAGAUUGCUAUACGAAGCCCACCAUCCCUAAACGACGACGCAUACACGCUAUACUACCCACCAGAGAAAAGACCAGAAAGGCAUGCUGAGGAAGAAUUAGAUAGAGCCUUGAGGGAGAUCCUGGGUCAGUUAACAGCGAGACAUUAUCUGCAUUCUCUGGUGACAAUUCGUGCAGGUGAAGACAACAGCAUGGAGGAAGAGUCAGAGCCCCUAUCCAAAAGACAUUCAGAUGGGAUCUUCACCGACAGCUACAGUCGCUAUAGAAAGCAGAUGGCCGUGCAAAAAUACCUGGCAGCGGUUCUGGGAAGAAGGUACAGACAGAGAGUUAGGAACAAAGGACGCCGACUUGCCUAUUUGUAGCGUUUUAAAGCGCCAAGCUGCCCUCCUGUGUAUAUACAUCCAGUCGUUAAAUCAAAGUCAUUCAAAUAUAUCUGACCAACCAGUGGAUUGCGCCUGUGUUCUUUCAACAUGUAUUUAUGUAUGAAGUAAAGCCAUUAAAAUGAAUAUUUUAAUAAUAAUAUCGGUUUUUUUUCUUUUUGUACAAAAGCACUUGAUACCGCACAGUUAUACUUUGUGGACCAAUAUUUUAUUUUCAUGUUCAGAUGUUAAAAACAAAACAAAAUGACUUAAAAAAAAAAAAAAAAGAAGAAAUUAGUACAAAAAAAAAGUUAAUUGUGCACCUUCAAUAUUAUGCGCUUGAAAUCUUCAAAGGUCAUCUACAUAUGCAGAAAAUAAAUAGAUUUUAAAAAGACAAUCAAAGUAUUGAAUGUUAUACUUAUUUUUGUAACCAACGUUCUAUUUUUUUAGUGUUGUUUGUAUUCCAAACAGGCCCAAAGAAGCAGUGAGCAUGCUAUGUGAGGCAUAUCCGGCUUAUACAAUGAUAGAUGUUGCCCUUGCCCCCCCCCCCCCCUCCUCACUCCCUUAAUGGGAGUCUGUGGGUUUGUUUAGCUUGCUGCCCCUCCAGGGGAAUUCAGACGGCUUUUGUUGAACAGCCUCCCAUUUGAUGGAAAAACUGAUUGACUUACACAACCAUUCAUGUAACUGGUGGUAAAAUCCGACCCUCUUUUAAACAGAAAUGUAAUUGCAGGCUUUUCCAAGGGCAUUAUAGCCUUUCCUAAAGAUAAAUCAAAAGCACUCAAUUUGCUGUUAACAGUAUGCGGAAAACACUGCUUGCUCACUUGCCUCAACAAGUCCUAUACUGUAGGGAGAAAAGACGUUCUCGAUAGGACUGUGUUAAGAAUGUUCCAUAUGUGUGUAUUAUGUACAGUAUAGAAAUUACACAGUGCACAUAUCCAUCUCAAUGUUGUCUGUGCUCAGUCAACAGGAUUAUUCAGAAGAUUGUCCUUCUACUGUUGAUUGUAUUUGGGCAGCACUCCAAAUAUUCAGAAUGGACCCAGAACAUGUAAAGAUGCAGGAAAUGAAGCAUUUUUUAUUUUGUGACAAGAGGUGGAGUUAGGAACGGUAGCAUCUGAGUUCCAGUGAGGAAUAUUUAAACUCUUCUUAUUUAUUGGUGCAUGUGGAAACUGACACCUUUGCUACUUUUGCUUAGAAACUGCAUGCAUGCCAUCGUGCUUUUUUUGGAUUGUGCUAUUUGGGAGAUGGGCUGUGCUAAGCAUAUUUCAGCACCACUCCCGCCCCCCCAGAUGUGUUGGAAAUGUGAACAAGGAGGGCUAGAGGUGGUGGAAACUGGAACUGCACUGACUUGUUGAAUUGUUAACUCCCCUGCUGCUGUCAUUGUGGAUAUAAUGAGACAAGACACUAGACCCCCUUCUUGCUGAUUGCCUUUGUCCUGGUAGCGUUUUAGAAAAAGAUUAUUUUUGCUUCUAGAUCGCCGUGCUAUAUAGUUGAUUUGACAGUGCUGUGAUUUGUUGUUAAGACAAAGCUGAUCUGCGUGGGAUGUCUACCGAGGUUUGUGAAGUGAGGAUGUGAUAAAGAGACGAGGAGAGUGGAUGCAUGGAGAUGAAGAGAUAAUGUGAGUGAAAGAGAGAAAACUAAGUUACAUAAAAGAAGGGUUACGGCACCCACAAGCCUGAGAGAGGUUGUCGCACCUGGAAACAGAGAAAAAAAGAGGCGUGUCUGACCUGCCAAAGUUACAUCAGGGUCAAGGAGUCUGAUAGAAAAUAUCAGGUGUUGAAUUCCCAUCACUCUGGCAUCAGAUUUACAAUAUGUGAGUUCCCUUCUCGCACUAUGGAGGAGGAUGAAAUUCAGCCCUCAAGGAGCGGGAUCUUCCCAUUGACUUAUAUUAGGGAGAUAUCUCAUGUAUUUAUUCGAUAUUAUGCAAAUGCUUUAUGCACCCCUGCAAUCCAAUCAGUGGCCUGUGUUCCCCCAUAGAACCUAUCAAUACACUCCUUCAAUCUGGCUUUAUUCUACAGGCUUUGUGUGAACGUGUGUGUGCGGAUAUAGAUGUGCAUUUGUGUCUACGUGUGUGCGGAUGUAGCUGCUUGGUGGGCAUGUGUGAGUGUGUCUGUGUGCGGAUGUAGAUGUGUGACUAUUGGUGUGUGCGUGUUUGUGUGAAUGAGAGACUGAAUGCGAAUGUUGAGUUGAAACAGCUUUUUGGCUUUGGUGCCUUGCUUCGACAUGAGAAAAAAAACGAUAUAAGAAAUUCGCCACAAGUGACAGAUGGCAAUUUUAGUGGCCCUACAAUGCUGCAGUCCAUUAGCUUAUAUUGAAACUUCCUUUUCCGCUCAGUUUAGUCUGCCCCUAGAGUAGUAGAAUUAGGCUUUUUUUUUAAAGCAUGGCCAAUGAUUUACUGAGUAUAAAAGUAAAAAAAACAAGAAUAGAAUGUGUAUGUUGAUGGUGCAGGCAAUGUGUGUGUGUUGUGUGUGUGUGUGCAUGAGAUUGGGGUGUUGUUCAGUGUCUGUGAGAGUUGUGAGCAAUGACCAGUGUUUGUUACUGUUGACUAUGAGGUGUUGUUGAUUAUUUUGAUAUUGGUCAGUAAUUUAAUAAUCAGAAAAUAGCCCCGACAUAUUAUUUAGAACUCUGUGCAUCACUAUAAAGAUUCAAAGGGUUUCAGAACAUGACCAAGAUGUUGUCAGAUCAUAUAAAAUGCCUGUUGUUGAUAUUUCUGAAAGCGCCAAACGCCUUACCUCCAUGUUUAAUCUCUUAUCUAUCUGAAAACAAUGUGUUUAAAAAGUGAACCUUAGUACAAGUAACAUCGUUAUACACACAGGAGUCCUUAUAUGGGGUUUUACGUUUCUCAAUGUUAUGAAAGUGUUGUAAGAUUUGUAUGAAUAAAUUUUGUAAACAACAA